GUACUUAUGUAGGUAUAGAGUGAUCGCACGCAAGUAUGAACUGUUGGCAGACGUUAGAACGGACUCAAAAUCACACCGAUCGCAGAACUAGUAACACAGUGUCGCGAGCGAUGAAUGUUUCUCGCGAGGAUUCCCGACGGAUUUUCUUUAUUUAACGAGAAAUAUGGUUAGAUGUGCAGUUCCAAGUUGUAGCAAUGAUUCACGGAGGCAAAAUAAAAUAAACAAUGAUAUUUCUUAUCAUCGAUUUCCGAAAAGCCGUGAAAUGGCAAAUAAAUGGGUCAAAGCGAUAAAAAGGCGUAACUGGGAGCCUAAUAUCAGAAGUGCCGUAUGCUCCAUACAUUUUAGUCCUUCGUCCAUUUCAGAAACAAAGCGUGGACUUCGCAAGCUGGUUGAAGGAGCUAUACCAGAACUUCACCUUGAAGUUCAAGAUUGUGUGACUAUGAGUGAAAAAAUGACACUUUCUACAGACCAAGUCAAUGUGGUGCCUUCUACGAGCCAAACUACGGGUGAUGAGGCAAGUGCUAAUUAUGUAAAAUUAAACUUUAACUGAUUUUUGAUCACAUAAAAACAUUUUUGUUUAGUAGUCAAUCAAAAGUUAACCUGAAUCUUAACCUAAUAAAAUAUAACGUUU